UGCUGAUGGGACCAUUAGCAGCAUCAGUGGCUCUGCAUGGUCUAAAGACCCAGCUGAGCCUGCCAAGCUGCAGGUCUCCUUCUUUGAGAACUCUCCCCCUGCUCCUUACUGGGUGCUGUCCACCGACUACGACAACUACUCUCUGGUCUACAGCUGCACCGACCUCGGUGUGCUGCACGUGGAGUUUGCCUGGAUCAUGAGCAGGCAGCCCACCCUGCCCGAGGAGACCCUGGAGGAGCUGCACAGCACCCUGUCCUCCAUCGGAGUCAGAGUGGACAAGCUGCUCACCACUAACCAGGACGUAGAGUACUGCAGCGCCAUGAACCAGUAA